AUGGAGUUGAACUCCAGAACCAUCCAUGAUGUCGUCCAUCCUACCGCAGCCUUCUCGCAACCGGCGCGAUAUGAUGCACCCGCCCCGGUUUCAGAGCCUGGGACACCUUCUUCCUCCUGGUCCGGGUCUCAGUUGAAUCCCAAGAACCGAGUGGACAGCUUGGAGCCUCUUGAGAAGCCCCUUUGGCGCAUUGACGGAUGUACCGGACUUGGCACCCAGUACUAUACCAUCCCCCUCUUCCUUGAUGGCGGCCCCCCAAUGCGCUUCGAUGUCUUCAUACCCGAGGAAGCGGCUCAAGCCUCCAGGCUGCGCUGGAUACUGGACCUGGAUGCGGCCUUCCAUACCAAGGAUGCGUCGAGGGUCAGACGCCUCGGAAUAUCGACACAUAUCCUACGAGCCCUGCAGGUCUGGACCGUCAAGACUGGUAUUAGCGGCCCGGACUCGGUUGCGAGUAUGUACCAGGAUUUGCCCUUUGGCUCUCGUAUCAUCUUCGAGAACCUGGAUCUCAACGUCCACAACAUCAGGAUCACGGUCGCCCGGAUGUACCCCCUCGAACGGCAGUUGGUGGCAUUCUCCAGACUGGACAGCACCCUGGACUUACCACGCGAGGCACUUCCAGAGCCCAUCGAUAUCUCGAGACUGAGGGUAGUGCAGCAGCUACACGACAGCGUAUGUCUCGUACGGGUAAUCCCUGAUCAUCACCAUCACCGCCACCACAUCCACGCACAGGAGCAUGCCCGAUUGUGGGUCAUGAAAGCCCUUACUAGUGGGACCAAAUAUCUGUACCACGAGCUUCGGGCUCUCCUCAAUAUGGAACCGCAUCCAAACGUCAUCACGCGGCCCGUGUUCUUGGUCACCAAGUACUGCAAGUUCGGGGGCAAGAUCGCGGUGGUCGGCUUCGUCAGCCCCUACCACGCCGGCGGCAGCCUCCGCGACUCCCUCCCGCUGCUGCGCAUACACGGGCUGCUCCGGCUGCAAGACCAGCUGAAAUGGGCGACGCAACUGGCCUCGGCCGUCGUGCACGUCCGGGAACGCGGGCGCAUGUUCUACCCGGACCUCCGGCUCGACAACGUUGUCCUGUCGGCGCCGUCGUCGGACGUCGUCAUGCUCGACUUUGAGCAGCGCGGCGUCUGGUGCGAGUUCGCUUCCCCGGAGGUCAACGCCCUCGAGUAUGCGCGCAUCAUCGCCAGCGACGGGCCGUCCUCCUCCUCCUCCUCCUCCUCCUCCUC